CUAAAAAUGUAUUUAAACGUACCAGUAUUCACUUCGAAUGACCUUUGUGCGUCCUUUGUGUUUUUACUGUCUGCAUGAUGCACAUAUAUAUCAUUUUAUACGUUACAGGAUCAGAAAAAAGGAUGAGUGGUCAAAAACCACAGGACAGAGCACUGAAGGGGAUGAAUGAUUCCUCUCCUGGGACUUUGUCUUAUUGCUCAGGGUUGCAGGUUCCCCCUCUUCACCACCGCCCCUGCGUCAGAUGAUGCUGACGGUCUCCGCUUAUAAAAGAUGCGCCAGUGACAACCUGACUGGCACUCGCAUCUCACCUCUGUCUCUUUCUCUCUGUCUCUCUCUCUUUCCCACAUCCACACACCUCACUCACACAGUUCGUCUUCUUGAAGGGAGAAACAUUUCAACAUGAGUUACUCCAGCGACAUGUACACGAGCAGCUCGUACAGGAAGAUUUUUGGAGAUGCGCCGCGACGCGUCACCGUGGCCAGCAGCAGCCCGUCCCGGGUGACGGUGGGGUACCGCUCCGGACCCCAGCAUCACCGCGCCUACGCCUCUCCACCCUCCAUGAUCACGUCCUCGAGUUACCGCACGAAACUUGCGUCCGGCCGCGGAGCUUUCCAGUCCAUGCCGGACUCGGUGGAUCUGGCGCAGACCACGGCCAUCACCAACGAGCUGAAGAUCAUCCGCACCAACGAGAAGGAGCAGCUGCAGGGCCUCAACGACCGCUUCGUGACGUUCAUCGAGAAGGUGCACAACCUCGAGCAGCACAACAAAGUUCUGGAGGCUGAGGUCGCCCUGCUGCGUCAGCGCCACAACGAGCCGUCGCGUCUUCACGACCUCUACGAGCAGGAGGUCCGCGAGCUGCGUGGUCGCGUGGAGGAGUUGACGCACGAGAAGAGCCAAAUGCAUAUCGACUGCGUGCAGAUGAACGAGGCGCUGGAGCGCCUCAGGGAGAGGCUGGACGAGGAGGCUCGGCUCCGGGAGGAGGCCGAGAACAACCUGAAGGGGUACCGCAAGGACGUGGAUGACGCCACUCUGUCCCGUCUGGAGCUGGAGAAAAAAGUCGAGUCCCUGCUGGAUGAGAUCGCGUUCAUGAGGAAAGUGCACGAAGAGGAGCUGCAGGAACUGCAGGCGUCACUUCAGGCCACGCAGGUGUCUGUUGAGAUGGAAGUCAGUAAACCGGACCUCGCUGUUGCUCUGAAGGACAUCCGUGUCCAGUACGAGUCUCUCUCCUCUCGGAACCAGCAGCAGGCAGAGGAGUGGUACCGCUCCAAAUUCUCUAGUGUGACGGAGGUGGCGGCACGCAACAACGAUGCGCUGAAGCAGACCAAGGAUGAGCUGUCCGAGUACCGCCGACAGCUCCAGUCGCGCACCCUGGAAAUCGAGGCCUUGAGGGCACACAAUGAGGCUUUAGAUAGGCAGCUGGCAGAGAUGGAGGACCGCCACAGCAACGAGAUUGGCGAGCUGCAGGAUACUAUUCAGCAGCUUGAGUCUGCUCUUCGUAGCACUAAAGGAGAGAUGUCCCGCCACCUGCGUGAAUACCAGGACCUGCUGAAUGUGAAGAUGGCACUGGAUAUUGAGAUUGCAGCUUACAGGAAGCUACUUGAAGGUGAGGAAUGCCGCCUAAGCUCUGUUGGAGGAGCCAUGCUGCAAUCCGCCUACUCCUAUCCGUCAAGCCGCACUUACGUCCUGAGCGCCUACAGGAAAGGCGGAGCAAAACCAGAGGAAGAGGAAGAGCAGGAGGAGGAGGAGAAAGAGGAAGAAGAGGAGGAAGAGGGUGAGGAAGAAGCAGGAGAGGAAGCAGAGGAGGGAGAGGAAGCGGAUGAAGAGGAAGGAGGCGAGGAGGAGGAGGCGGAAGAGAAGGAGAAAGAAAAGGAGGAUGAGAAGAAGGAAAAGGACGAGGAGAAGAAAGAUCAGAAGGAGCAAAAGGAAAACGAGAAGGAGAAAGAAAAAGAGAAAGAGAAGAAGAGCGAUAGCAAGAGUGAAAGCAAAAAGGCAGAUAGCAAGAGUGAGAAGGGGGACAGUAACAAAGGCGAGAAAGCCGCUGCUGUCAAGAGCAAGUAAAAAUGCGUACCAUCACUACUCCGGCCACUUCACGCACUUAAUUCACACAAUCGUCUGGACCCUUCUGUUUCAUCUCGACCUCUCUGUCCCUUUGCCACAUACACACAAAUGCACACAUAUGAACACAUCAUCACAAAACAAACAUUAUUCCUUCAUCCUCACUUUCAUCGUCAGGACAGUCUACUCUGUAGGAAAGGAACGGGCCGGUAAUGAAAGUACAAAAAAGAUAAAGAAAGUCUGUCUUAAUAGAAUAGUUAACUCAAAAAUGAAAGAGGGUAAGAGCGUUCCAACCAUUUUUUUUUGUUGUGAAACACAAACAGAGACACUACUUAAUCAAUGACUGAGAAAGUUCAAUUUGACUGAACUAUUACAUUUACAAGACAGCAAAGGGCAUAAAGAUCAGAAAGACCCCAGUCACACCCACUGAUCAUAAAUGACUGGAUUGCUCAUGACGUCAUUACACUGAAGCUACCGCAGCGCCAUGUUGGUAUGCCCAAACGUUCUAUUGAAUUAAUAGGAAGUUAUCACAUAUUAAUGAUCAAACCAGUCCCUGUUUUUAUAUCUAAAGUCUCACAGGACAUCCUUACAACGCAAAUGUCUUAAGCAUGUAAAUGGUUAAUUAUUUAAAGUCUUAUUAGAUAUAGAGUGAGUUACGUUCCUUUUCAUUACAGUAGCGCACAUAUCAGAUCAGCAGACUAACAAGACACCUCAACGUAUGACAAAUGUGCUUAUUCAGAAAGAUAAAUACAGGCUGUAUAUGUUCUUUUAAGUCAUGAACCUUUACUUCUAAACAAUUACACAUGUGCCAUUAAAACAAUGUGCAAUACACACUCACCUUCUAUACAUUGAUUUCUAUACGUCGCUAUUCUGCCCAAAAUAAACAUUUAAGUUUAAGAAGUAACAAUUAAUUUAAACACACAUGUGAACUAAAAACUUAUUUCGCGCCUAAUGAGCUAUUUAUAAUGAGUUAUUUUAGAUCGUCAUUUUGACUGUCAAUUCAAUGUUGCUCUCUGUCAGUUGGGCAUACCAAGAUGGCGGCGCGAUCGCUUCCGGUGUGCACCCCCUGCUGUGGGUUUAGCGUUCUAGGCGCAAUCCAGUCAUUUAUAUAGAUCAGCUGUCACACCAUGUGUUCAUGUGCCAUAAUUACCUGUAGUGCAAGAGAACACAAAGAAGGUGAUGCCUUGCAGGCCAAAUGCACUGGCAUCCAGUACAAAACGGACCAAGUCUGCUGGUUCCAACCUCUUGGUGCUAUUUGCUUUAAACAAAAGUGAGUUUGGACGUUGGAAGAGGUAAAUGUCACAAAGAAACAGCAUUUCUAUUAUAUAACGCAGAGCUUCACUUAAGCCCUGAAUGUACGUCACUAGCCAAGCACAGGGACAGCCACGUCUCCUAUUUGUCCAGCAUGUUAGCGCAUCUAUAUCCACAUAGACAAAAUGAUGAUAGGCUUGUUGUUCCUGCUCACAGAGGGCCACGGUUUUGUAGAGUUUAGAUCCAAGUCUAAGCAAGAUAGACCAUAAUCAGCUAAACACGCUCUAAAUCAAUGACAUUAAGGUGUGUUUGAUUCGGACUGGAGCUAAAUGCAGAGUUUACAGAGGCCCUCCAAAAGCAGAAUUAAACACCUUAGCAUGAUGUAAUUUUACUAUUGAACGUUAAAGUUUCCGUCCAUCUAUCCUCUAUCCAUCCAAUCAUUUUACAGGUCAUCUGUUUGUGUGAAGGUUUUAGAGUUUAGCUUUGGGAGAGAGGAGCGCAUUGUGCAACACUUGUGUGGAAUAAUCUUUUGGCAAUUAAACAUUUAGAGAGACUUGACGCUUUAGAGACUAUUGCUGCUAAUAUUCCCUCUUUCCUUUCCAAUGUUAAAAAUAAUUCCUCCUCUUGAUUCAUUCAUUCAAUCGUUCUCCUUCUUUAUUGUUUUCAACUGCUUAUCUCUUUGUGUGUUGGCUUGUCCUUAUUUUCCCAUAAGUGGCAUCAUGUCCUUGGAGAAAGCCAUUCUGUACAUCAUUAUCUGAGCUUUUCUGUUUGUGCAGAUGAAUCAUGCAAGAAAGCAUGUUCAUGAAUCUGUGUGCAUCUGUGUUUUGUAUUUGUGUACAUGAGUGUGUAUGUUCGCAAUCGCUCAUUUUGGCUGCAGCAGAGCAGCUGGUAGUGACUGGUCAGGCACUCUUCUUUUCCUGCAUGUGACAAGCAGGCCAUAGAGAGGACAGAAGGGUCACAGACAGUCACACCUACAGCUAUAGUGAAGAGCUUUUACGUCACAAUAUUCCCUUCUGGAAAACAACUAACACAAGAACCCACGCAAACAGCUAAACAAUGAUCCUAUACGCAAUGCAGGCCUGCUCGACUAAAUGAUUACAGGUGGCAAAUAAGUAAAAGCAGCAGGGUUAGUUUCAUUUUACAUAUUUAUUUAAAGCUGUAAGAACACAUCUAGAUUUACAGGGGAAUUGCUUCUGAAAUGUGAUCUGAUGUCAUAAUAAACAAUCUUACUAAACAAACCGCAAUCAGUACUUUUCUAGAUUUUUAUUUGACGCAUGGUGUAAAUUUUCAACACGAAAGAUGAAAAAUUAGCGAAGAACAAGUCAGAAAGUACUGAGGAACAUUCAUAUAAUUUUUUUUAUUCAUAUGGUUUUUGAUGUCUUGAGUCAGAUCACACAGAAACAUUUCGAUUUGACUUGACCGUUCUAAAAUUCAACCAUUCUUGUUCAGUGUCUUUCAUGAUUCAUCAAUGUUUUCUUUUUUAAACUCAUCGGAAAGUUUUUCAUUUGGCCAUAUUACACGAAAGCAUAUUGAUGCGAAACUCCUCGAUGGCAGAGCAAGAAAACCUGAACAGACUGGAUUUCCUGUCUCGAAACCUUCUCAUUACAUUACAUUACUUUAUUUUAACGGGCUUGCUUGAUUUAUCAAAUCACUUGAUCAAUGGCAAUAUAUAUAUAUAUAUGUCACAGGUGUUGUUUGUUAAAUAAGAUGCUAGGUAAUCAGAUCACAGGAAAAUGUCAUCCCAAUGAUUUAUCCAUAUUAUCCAUACACAAAAGUACCUUUGUCAGAGCAUUUUUACAUAUCCAAUGUGACUGUGAUUGAAGCAAGAAUUACAUCACCAAACGUAACCAUUUAGAAAACUCACUGUUCGCUUAAGUAUUUUGCAAACUGUUGGCCUCAGACAUAUUUGAAUCUAAUCCAGAACAGCUGGAUGGGAGUGAGAUUUCAAAUAAAUCUGACAAAAUAGCUAUGACAAUACAGCAAACGUUCCAUUCUUUGUUCUGUUGUGAUUCCAAAACUCAAUGACUGAAUCAAGAGGAGUUGAAAUUUGCAUGGCCUUGAAGCUUGACAGUAUUGAUGGGCGGGAUAGAUUUGCUUGAUGUGUGUAAAAAUGUACGUAUUGCCUUAAUCAUGACUGCUUAAAGAGUUCUCACGUUUUCUUCAUCUCGACACUGUUUUAGAGAUGGUUCAGAAGUGCACACCCUUAUUUGUGUGGCUGCUAGUGAUCUUCCCCUAAAGCCAAAUAAAGCCAUUUAUCAACCAAA